AUGAUGUUUGAUUAUCAUGACCACGAAAAUUCAACAUCGCUACAGUUAGCACAAUUUCAAUCAAUUGUUGAAUUAGACGAAAAUCAAUUUAUGAAGGCAACGCCUUUUAAUAGAUGUAUUUAUAUUAAUGAAGAUAUUAAUAAUGAAAAUAUACUUUAUCAUCAAUCAAUUCCAUCUUUAUAUCCUAUAUCUGUUACUCAUACUCAGGAAUAUUCAUUAUUGAAUAAUAUCAUACAAUCUAAUAAUGAUUCCGAUGAAUUUUCUUUUAAUCCUAAAGAAUGGUUAAUAGUGGAUUCAACUUCUAGAAGACUACGAGCUCCACGACAAAAUGAAUUUCUUUAUCUUCUUUUAGAACGGUCAUGGUAUUCACCAUAUCUAACAUGGUUAAAUAAAAAUGAAGGUUUAUUUAAAAUUCAUGAUCCUGAACGAGUAGCUAAACUUUGGUCAAAAGUUAAAAAUCGAAAAACAAAUGGAAUUAUGAAUUAUGAUACAUUUGCACGUGGAUUACGAUUUUAUUAUAAAUCAGGAUCAAUGAUUAAAACACAUAAAAAACAUACGUUCCGUUUUAAAAUACCUUUAAAUAGUAUAUUCUAA